AGGUUGCUUGCUUGUUGCCAGGGAGCCCUAGCGACAUGAACACGUCAGCGGAGCGGCGAGCAGGAGAAGCAGAAGAGCGACUCUAAACCAUGACAGACUAGCCGCUGCUAAGAGUUUAGAGUAUUUCCCAGUUAACGUAACUGAUAGAGCUAAGUUGUCAGACUUUGUGUUCAGAGGCCAAUUGGGAAAAGCUGCAGAACUGUGCCAUUUAGCCAGCUAGCCAAUUGCCUUAUCUUACCGUUAGAUAGCUUUAGCUUGUUGUGCUAGCUUAGCUAAGUUAAAGUUCGUGUAAAUGAAAGUGGAGUAAAUGUGGCUUUACUUGGGUCUGUAACUGAGCAGGCUAGCAAGCUAGGAAACCUAAUUAGUUAGUUAACUACCGUGCUUGAGGCUGGUAGAGUCAGGGCCAGCUGUCAGGGUGAACUGCUGCAAAUACUGGAACCAUGCAUGCUGAGAGAUAGCUAGUUAAACUAGCUUUCGAGCUACUUCAGCUAACCUAGCUUAGCCUAGCUAACCCUGCAAGCUGUCAACCCACAAGAGCAGAAGAUGUGCUGGUGAAGAUGCGGAUCCUCCUCCCAGCGGCCAGGAAAAGAACUAGCGUUAGCUAGCGAGUCGCCGUUAAUCGACAGACCCCCCGGAGGUUUCCAACCACGGCUCGGCACGUUCUGUGACAUGUCGUCUCCAUCGCCGGUGCAGAUCAGGGAGGCGAACGCGCAUUUGGCCGCUUUGCACAGGCGAGUCGCGGACCUCGAGCAGAAGCUGGAGGCAGCCGAGAACACCGUGCGGGAACAAGCGGAGAGCCUGAUUCGGAAAGACGAGCAGCUGAGGGCUACUACACAAGAGAUAACCGAGAACAAGGACCGGGAAAUUUCCUACCUCCACGAAAAGCUUUAUCAGUCAGAAGAAUCCAUCCAGAAACUCCAGCACAUGGUGAAGGAGAAGGAUUCCCUAAUCAGUCAGCUUCAGCACCGCUGUCAGCUGCUGGACAACAUCUGCAAAAGCCGUCCAUUAUUAGACAGCAUGCUGGCCCAAAUGGCAGAGGCAGAAAGAAUGGGACCUGUUAUUGACUUAAGCAAACCCACUGCAGACACAUCGCUCACUGAUGGAGAUUCCAAUUGCAGCCCUAGUGGCCUUUCCAAUCACAAAGACUUCUCACUCAGCGAGGACGACGUGGACGAUCAGGAGCUGGAUGGUGUUGUGUUUGGAACUACAGUAUGAAAAGCAGAACAGGGCUUUUAUGUUUCCCAACUUUGUCGGCCCGAGCAGAUUCUAAGAGAAAUGCAGACAGUGACUUUGUAUAAGAAGCGGUUAGUCUGCAGUUGAUUCGGUACAUAUUUUACAGUCAGCAGUGUAUCUUUACUUUACAGCUACCUUUCAGUACAGUAAGCACAGAUGCGAUUCAACAUGAUGUUCCCAAGCUGUUGACAGAGCCUGUGAUGGAGCAGUUGUGGAAGAGCAUGGUUAACUAGGGUGGCCUUAGGCUGUGAGCAGUUAUAUGUGAAGUUUAUUUUCUUAAUGUGAUGCACUACAGACUGGUCACUUUUAGUUCAUACAGUUCUAUUUCUGUUUCAAACCCUAAAACCAACCAAUUCUUAAAUUUUAAAAAUGUUCCAGCAAAUGUUACUUUAGGAUAGAUAGGAAAGGGAACCUGUAGAGACCAUUUUACAGUUUUAUAUAUAAAGGAAUACUCAAGUGUUUUCAACUUCUAUACCAAAUUCAAUAUCUCUAGCAUUCGAUUGAUUACCACAAACCAUAACUUUAACUUCCCUUUAAUAACAAAACAAUCAAAAGCUAAUUUAAUUGAAUACGAUAAUUGUUUUUUCACCAUAGUAUAAGUCAUUUUUGUUACAGAAAAGUAAUACAAUACAUUAUAGAAAAUGAAUGCCAAUGUCAAGUAAUGCUUUUAUUAUUUUAUUUAUAGAGUCUGGUUGCCAAAACAGGAGUGCCAUAAUUGAAUCCGGCAUGAUCAUAUUAAUAUCCAUGGUAAUCAACCACAUAGUACAACUGAUAAAGAUCAGGGUUGGAAAAAGAUAGAGUAUUUCUAUACAUGGUGUACUUUCCCAAAGAAACAGUAACAGUGGUCCAGGGAAGGACGUAAACAUGUAAGUUUUUCAGCAACACUCUUUUAUUUUGUUACAUUUUCCAAUUACAUUUUGUUUAAAAAAAAUCUAAUGCCAGGUCAGCUAAAUCUUAGAAAAUCUGUUACAGUUUUACCACAACUUACAAGUUACUGUCGCACUGAGCAGGGAUAGUCUCACUGCUGAUUUGAUUGCAAACAUAAAUAAAUUCUGGAGCUUUCUCUAAUUUCAGUUUUUUUUCUCUUACUUUGAUGUCAAGACAGGACACUUAAGUCUUGUUUGCCUGAAUGUGGCAGUGAAUAAUUAUUUGGGUUGCAAAAUUUUAUUUUUUUUAUUUAGUAUUUGGAACCGAGUCUAUGCAAGUAUAAAUCUUCUUUUAAUGUGUGUAGGUAUCAUCUGGAAAUGGAAUGAUUAUGGUUGUCCAGUCAUACAUACAGGAUUGAUUGUUGCAUUUAGUCCUUCACAAAGGCUCUCUCAUUCAAGUGGGUAACUGUUGCACAUAUUCUGAUAGUGUCUUAACCGUCCUAUUUUGAACAUUACAGCUUAAAAAAACAACAACUGUUAAAUAUCUUCCUCUUUGUUUUAUGCAAAGGUGAAAUGUGCUAAUGCAUCAUGGCACAGUUCUUGUGAUAUCAGGGCGUGCGUCUUGUUACUGCUCGGUAUAGGAGUGUGUGUAUGCUAUCUUUUAUUUUUUACAGAGUUAACUGGUGCCUCAAAAAAACAUGGUCAGUUGGUCUAUUUAUUCUGAAUAUAUCUAAUAAACUAUUUUGUUAUUCUG